AUGAAAGAUCGUUGCCAGAUUGACAACAGGCGAUACAAGGACGUCUUCGGCCGACACGUCUUUCCAGACGAUGCGGAGGAUAUCAAGUCUCACCGUUGGUUCAAGAAUUUUCCAUGGGAUCGCGUGCAGUCCAUCACGCCACCAUUUGUACCACGCAUAACCAGCCUUGAUGACACUCACUAUUUUGAUGAGUCUGAUCCUUUUACUGAACCUAUGGUUUCCUUGGAUGAUGACCCAUUUGACCCAACACCAGACCAUACUCGAUGGCUGCUUCGAGAUAGCCGGCAGUUGAUUCAGAAUUUGGCAAUCGACCUGAUUGCGACGCCGUACGAUUCGGCACGAUUGCGGAGUGCCGAUCGGAGAAUUGACAAGAUAUUUGGGAUAACGUUUGAAGAGCGAAAGACUCUGAAAACAUUUAUUCGCAUGUAUGGCAGAAAGGAACGAAAGCGACCUCGAGACAUACUGUUGCGAGACCAAGACACCAAAGCGCCAGCCUUGGAGGUCAGGAAAAAGACAGCCUUCAUGGGGUAUAGUUGGCGUCGGAUGCGUCAUGGAGGAUACAUGACGCCAAAUCUAGGAGAAGAUGAGAUGGCCGAGCUUUAG